AUGGUUACAGUGCAUGAGGAGUCUGCGGAGUGCGGUGGUGGCGUGAUGAUGGUCGACGGAAGCCCCCGCCGCAUCCCCCCACCGCCCCACCAAGACAACAACAACCAAGAACAGCAAAACUCCAAGACGCCCAACGAUACAACAGCAACAUCAACUUCCUUACCACCACCGGCAGAAAGUUCAAACGUGGCCCCAUCUUCUUCGGCCCCACCAUCAGAGGGGGCACCGGCGGUUGCCCGCAGUGGUCGGUCCCGUUGGUUAAAGCUUCGUCACACCGUCCAACUUUCGCAAGCUAUUGCCCAGGGGCACAAAAAACCGCCUUUGAAGAGAGAAGAUUCUUUUUUAAAGAGAUUUUCGACGCGCCAGAUUCCAGAUCCGAACACCAUUGAAGGUUCCUCGCGGCGUGGAGCCGACGGGAUGGUUAAAAGUCCAUUCUUCGGUACCUGGCGCUCUGUCGUCAAUCCCGAUGAAAAUAUUCUUUUCUAUUGGCUCUCACUUCUAACUGUGUGUUUACUUUAUAACGCCUGGACCAUCAUUGCCAGACAGGCAUUUCCAGAGCUACAAGAAGACCGUUCUAUAGCCUGGUAUUGUUUGGAUGGUUUUACGGACGUAGUAUUUGCCCUCGAUAUUAUCUUUCAGUUCCGGACUGGUUACCUUGAGCAAGGUUUAAUGGUGUGUGAAAGCAAGAAGUUGGCCUUUCAUUAUUUCAAGUCUAAGAGCUUCCUGAUGGACAUCGUCGCCAUCACACCUUUGGAUUUGAUCCAAUUUCGUGUUGGAGUACUUCCAAUCGUCAGAUUUCCUAGAUUCUUGAAAGUGUACCGUUCCUUCCGUUUUUACUACAUGGUUGAGUCCCGCACAAUCUAUCCCAACUUAUGGAGAGUUGUAAAUCUUAUACACAUCUUGCUACUGCUGGCCCACUGGUUUGGCUGCUUUUACUACAUGCUCUCCGAACUGGAAGGCUUCGUUGGAGAGUGGUCUUAUAGAAAGCCUGUCGAUGACUAUGCGACGCUUUCGCGGAAAUAUCUAGGAUCUGUCUAUUGGUCGACCCUCACUCUUACUACCAUUGGAGACUUAGCAACACCUGUUACGAAUUUACAGUACUUGUUCACCAUCGUUAGCUACCUCAUCGGUGUCUUCAUCUUUGCUACUAUCGUAGGUCAAGUUGGCAACGUGAUAACUAACAGAAAUGCGAGUCGUCUGGAGUUCGAACGUCUCUUGGACGGAGCUAAACUGUAUAUGCGCCAUCACAAAGUGCCCAGAAACAUGCAGCGUCGAGUCCAAAGAUGGUACGAUUACUCGUGGUCCAGGGGUCGCAUGCAAGGCGGUGGAGAUAUCAACUCGGCACUCGGAAUUCUUCCGGACAAGCUGAAGACGGAACUUGCCUUGCACGUCAAUCUCAAGACUCUUAAGAAGGUAAGAAUGACAUUGUUGCAUGUUCUUCACUAA